AUGAAAGGUCACCUUUGGAGCCUACUUCUAUCCGUUUUAGCCAUUUUGGGUUCCAGCCAGGGGAAAGUUUUCAAAAUCAGCAAGAUGGAGUGCCGAACCCUAGAUCCUUCGUUCACCUAUUUCAAGACCUGCAAAGUGGUUCGCAGGGAAAAUGGCCGAGCUGCCCUGUACAUCAAUGAGGUGAUGCUCUACAAACAGCCAAUCGAUGAUAUCAUCCUUAAUCUGGCAGUUUUUAAAGUAUCAAAAAAUAGACGUUUCCAAUUCUUGAACGAGACUUUGGACUACUGUCUCUUUAGCAGGCAAUUGAUGGCAAAUGGACUUUUUGGCUUCCUGAUGGCCCCCAUGUUGAGGAUUUCGAAUUUGAAUGUUACCUGCCCGCUGCAGCAAGACCUAAUAUUCAACGGCUUUUCCAUCGAUGAGAACACAAUUAAGGAGAUUCCAAUUCCGAAUGGCGUCUAUAUGUUUCAAAUGCGAUCGGCAAUGAUGAAGAAGUGGCGAUCGGAUGUCAAGGUGUAUGCCACUCGAGUUGAUACAUAUUAG